AUGCGCCAAGAAUGCUCGAAACUGUUCUGGGACUCUAUGCCAAACGUCUGGUAUCAGAUCGAGCCGAUGGACUCUGUGUGGGACGGCAAAAUGAAGCCGCUCUUUUACUGUCCUCUGUUUGCCUCUCGCGUUACGCAAGUGGAGAUCGACGUAAAAAUCUCGGAGGCGAUAUGGACACCUUACAAUGGAAAGGAAUUCUGGGAAAGGAUCGAAGAACUGUUUCCUUCAGUGAAGAGCGUUGUCCUGACCUGCAGAGAUCUUAGCGACCUUCUGUUCGAUACAGACUGGAAUACUCCUCAUCACUCCGCCGCAAUGAGAAUGGUUGACCCGUACGCGAGUUAUGCCCCCUCCCAGCAAGUGGCACACGGGGUUCUAGCGGACUUGAUAUCCUCGUGGCAGAUCUCAUGGCUUAUCAGUAGGGAACAGAUAGAACUACAUUGGCUGAUGUGGGAAACGGAGAAGCACUUCCUCGAGAACGGAGCACUGAUAUGUCCACAUCUGGAUUGUGAGCGCUGGUUUCGAGAUGGCGAGACGUGGUUGGUUCAUGUUUCCAAAUACUGUUUUGGUCGGGUCAGUCUUGGGCAGCACCGUCUCCCGUGGCGCCGAAAUACCGCAGCAGAGGUGAAGGCCAUGCUCGAUGAUCGGCAACACCGGAUCAAUCAGAUGAACAAGGAAUUCGGGACUUUAAUGAAAGCGCUUCAGCUACAGCCUUCAAUAUUGGCCAAAGGUCGAGGUCGAAAUUGGAGCAUAUGGGAUUAUCUGGAGGACGCCACGAUAGCGCAAGGAUAUUCUCUUCAGGAAAUGGAAUUAGAAAGUUCAGAGCUGUGGUUUUGGGCCUUCAAAGUAUUUUGCACUGAUGGAUUCGACUUUGGGGUGUUGAACGAGAGCAACAACGCUGAUGAUUUCCACGGGGACAAGUUCUUUGUGAGGAACAUUUCGAGGAGACUGACCUUCAGAUGA